AUGGAUAUAAAUUCACAACACCGUGAAGGUGACCCCCAACACCGUGAAGAUGACCCCCAACACCGUGAAGGUGACCCCCAACACCGUGAAGGUGACCCCCAACACCGUGAAGGUGACCCCCAACACCGUGAAGGUGACCCCCAACACCGUGAAGGUGACCCCCACACCGUGAAGGUGACCCCCAACACCGUGAAGGUGACCCCCAACACCGUGAAGGUGACCCCCAACACCGUGAAGGUGACCCCCAACACCGUGAAGGUGACCCCCAACACCGUGAAGGUGACCCCCAACACCGUGAAGGUGACCCCCAACACCGUGAAGGUGACCCCCAACACCGUGAAGGUGACCCCCAACACCGUGAAGGUGACCCCCAACACCGUGAAGGUGACCCCCAACACCGUGAAGGUGACCCCCAACACCGUGAAGGUGACCCCCAACACCGUGAAGGUGACCCCCAACACCGUGAAGGUGACCCCCAACACCGUGAAGGUGACCCCCAACACCGUGAAGGUGACCCCCAACACCAUGAAGGUGACCCCCAACACCGUGAAGGUGACCCCCAACACCGUGAAGGUGACCCCCAACACCGUGAAGGUGACCCCAACACCGUGA